AUGGCUACUCAACAAAUCGAAAUAUUGCAUAGCCAUCAUGUGCUGCCCAUUCUCCAGAAGAAUGGAAUUGUGACGCAAGAAACAGAACUGGACCUCCCUCUUGAUGAAAUUCUCGACAGCCCCCAGUAUGCGCCCAUCCCUGAAACGGAUUCUCGCAUCAAUGACGCCCCCCAGCUCGACGCAAAGGCAGAAUGGUACUACAUACAGACUCAUCUUCGCGAUGGGAACUCCUCCACAUCCGAUGAUCCUAGUCAUACCGUGAUCGUUUGCCUCUUCCGCCAAGCCACCGACCCAGAGCUGGACUCGACUAGGAAGCAUAACUGGGCUGCCAUCUAUGCGACCCUCGACUGGAAGACAAAGGAAUACACUACCGUUUCGAAAGUGCCCGCCAGUGCACCUUUGUACCUGGCAAAGAGCCUUGGGGAGAACCCCACUGGCCUCGGAAAGAAGUUUCAAGCAAUGCUCAAGUCGGGCCCAAUGUGUCAGGAUGUUCCAGCCUUCCAACCCGAUGGACUUUUCUCAAGCCCCGUCGAGAUACACUAUUCCAAGGGAAGCGACGAUCCCGCAUUGCAUCUCGAGUGGGACAACGGUGCAUCAUUAGUCGGCGAGAACGGCUCGUACCGUCUCAAGGUCCCCGAGAUUGACCUUGACAUCCAGGUUCACCCCGAAAAGCCAAUGAUGCUUCACGGCGAUGGCGGCCAAACUCUCGAUGAGGAUAAUGAGGAUAAGAAAGGUACAUCUAUGUUCUACUACAGCUGGCCCCGAACCGAAGCUACGGGAGUGUACAAGGGGGGAAAGGUGACGGGCACAGCGUGGGUCGAUCACGAAUACUCCCUGGGAGGAGAUGGUAAUCAGGACCCGUUGGCGCUUUCAUAUGGUUGGAACUGGUUCUCUCUACUUACAUCCGGCCCAAACAAAAUGGAAAUUUGCGUGACGCAGGUUAUCAACGAGGGUGACAUCUUUGAACAAUAUGUCGUGUACCACGACGAGGCAGGUGUCCGCCAUGAGGUGAGAGAUUUCUCUCUUACAUCCAGCAGGACUUGGGUGUCAGGGCAUACUUUCCAGAACUUUGAUACUUGUUGGAGCCUCAAGAUCCCGAGUCUUAAUGUCGACUUGGAGAUAGAGUCAAUUACGCAGAACCAAGAGCUCCAGACUUGGCUGAGAAUGCCCUCAUUCUAUGAGGGGGCGGUUCGAUUUUCUGGUACUUGGGAGGGUGGCCCGAUGAAGGGAUAUGGUGCCAUGGAACUCACCAAGGGGACAGACACGUCCAGGUCCAUGGAGCAGAUCUUAAGUAACGCCACAUCUGUUGUUCGCAAGGAAGUGGACGUUUGGGUUCCUUCUUCGAUCCGUGCAAACCACUUCAAGCACAUUACCAAAGUGCACUUUGACAGCUAUGAGCAGGAUGUGAUCCAGAAGAAUAUCGUCGAGGCGUUUUACAUGUUGAACAACAGAGGUGGCAAGAACUGGCGGCCCAUGUUGUUUGGAGCUGCUGUCGGAAUGGUAGGCGGCAACGCAAAUGAUUGGAGAUCUUUUUUGGUCCUUCCAGAGCUUGUUCACACGGCCUCAUUGAUCGUCGACGAUAUCCAGGACGAGAGUGAAUCUCGUCGUGGCGGCCCUUGUGUGCACAAAGUUUUGGGCGUGCCGACCGCGAUUAACGCCGGAUGUGCUCUUUACUUCUGGGGAGAGACCAUCAUCCGAGACAACAAGCUCUUGACCGACCGGCAGCGACGGGACAUUUACGCCAUGUACUUUGAGAUGAUGCGAGUCGGCCAUGCUGGCCAGGGUCUCGACAUCAACGGUAUGACGAUGGACAGACUCCCAACCCUUCAGGAAGCUGAAGAGAUGCUUGCCCGGGUCAUCAACCUUCAUCGGUGCAAGAGUGGCAUCCCGGCUGCCUUCUGCGGCACUGUGGGCGCGCUCGUCGGAGGAGGAACACCAAAGCAGAUUGAAGCUAUGGGAGCAUAUGUCCAGAACCUGGGUAUUGCCUUCCAAAUCCGGGACGAUGUAUUGGACGUGCUCGGCAAAGUCUCUGGCAAAAAUGCGGCAGACGACCUUUACAAUCACAAGAUCACUUACCCGGUUGCCAAGCUGUUUGCGACGGAUCACCCUGACCGGGAGAAGUGGUACGGAUACUGGGAAGCCCAUGACGUGCCAGCCCUUGUGGAGGCUUUGCAAUCAUCUGGCACAAUCGACAGAUGUAAUGAGGACAUCCAGCGUACGGUGCGAGAGGGGUGGGACUUGGUUGAUGCCAUCACGCCCAACUCGUAUAGCAAAGCUUUGUUCAGCCUCUUUGCUGAGUUUUUGAUUGUGCAGCAUUAUUGA